GCCGCCGAGCAUCCGGAACACGAGUGACUGUGUGUCUAAACUAGAUCUCUGUCUCGAACCCUCUGCUUUAAUGUGGCCGGUGAACGUCAACAGGAGAGGAGAGGAGCAAACAUGAGUUUUGCUAACUUGAAUUAAAGGAUGGCACAGUGGGGUGCCAUAUUCUCAAUUAUUGUUGCUCUCGGAGGAGCAGCACUCUUGGCCUCCGUACACAAGAUCGAUGAGGGACACACUGGAGUUUACUACAGGGGAGGGGCUCUCCUGACUACCACCAGCGGCCCUGGUUUCCAUCUUAUGCUUCCAUUUAUCACAACCUACAAGUCUGUUCAGACGACGCUGCAAACAGAUGAGGUGAAGAAUGUACCAUGUGGCACAGGUGGAGGAGUGAUGAUUUACUUCGACCGCAUAGAAGUGGUGAACUAUCUCGUUCCAUCAGCAGUGUACGACAUAGUGAGGAACUUCACCGCAGACUACGAUAAAGCUUUGAUUUUCAACAAGGUGCACCAUGAGCUCAACCAGUUCUGCAGUGUCCACUCGCUGCAGGAGGUCUACAUCGGCCUGUUUGACCAAAUUGAUGAAAACCUGAAGUUGACGCUACAAGAGGAUCUAACAGCCAUGGCACCUGGACUAAUCAUACAGGCGGUGCGAGUGACAAAGCCCAACAUCCCAGAGAGCAUUCGCCGAAACUAUGAGCUCAUGGAGAGCGAGAAGACCAAGCUGUUGAUCUCUCAACAGACACAGAAGGUUGUGGAGAAGGAGGCAGAGACCGAAAGGAUCAAAGCUGUGAUAGAGGCUGAGAAAUUGGCACAAGUGGCAGAGAUCAAGUUUGAACAGAAAGUCAUGGAGAAGGAAACGGAGAAAAAGAUUUCUCAAAUUGAAGAUGGUGCUUUCCUGGCCCGGGAGAAAGCCAGGGCAGAUGCAGACUUCUAUACAGCACAUAGAGCUGCCGAGGCCAAUAAGAUGAAGUUAACACCAGAGUACCUGCAGCUAAUGAAGUACAAGGCCAUCGCAGCCAACAGUAAGAUCUACUUUGGGAACGACAUACCCCAGAUGUUUGUGGACUCUGGCUCUGCAGGGAGCUCCAUCAAAGUCUCUGCAGCCAUGGACAUUAUGGGUGAGCAGAUCCUGGACAUGGAUUAAGUAGUGGGACGCACAGGACCACCCAGGGGUGGAGGACUGUCUGUUGGAGGGCAGUAGCCUGGCCCACAGGCUGCCAGGUUCACCUUCUGACUCAGAGAAGUUCUGCUGACAAGGGCCGGUAUUUCUCAAAUAUCUCAGAAUCACUGCUAGAAGUUAUGUUAAAAGUUCAUUAGAAAGUUGAAAAAAAUCACUAUAAAUUAAAAUUCUUCUUCCUCAGAGAAGAGCACUGGAGAUAUUUUCCUAUUCUCGUUGGAAUGGCACCAUCUACUCAGAACCAUAAUAUAGGUGGAGGAAAAACUUGAUGAUAUAGCAUCACCCAUGGAUGACAAGCCCCUUUAAAACUGACAUAAGCCAACACAGCAAAUUUUUAUUUCGUAAUUUAGCCUCUGCACAGCUUUAAUGGCCCAUGUGGCAAGUGUACCCACUUACAACGAAACCAAAAUCUGUCACUGCUUGUGUGUUAAACUGUGUUAUCCAUUCAUGUGACGUGUUCUAAUUGAGCAUUAAAGUAGUGAUAUUUGUUACCUGUUGUUACGCUGCAUUGUCCUUGUUACAUGAAUUGACCAUUUGCUAAAAGCCUCAUUCCUCUGAAGCCAUUUUCAGACCUGAACUCAGAACGCUAUGUGAACACCUUUCACUUAUGAACAAUGCGGCAGGAGAUUUUCAAUGCGGCAGGUGACAGGAAGCGCAGCAUAAAGAAACAGGGCUUAAUGUAUAAAUUCCACCGCUGAUCACAUGUUUUUGCUUACAGCACAUCGACACUAGCGUCGAUAUGCUGCUCAAAGCAUGCUGAAAUAGACACUUUUAGCAUUUUUCUGUAGCCUUGUUGGCCAACUAGCGCCAACAUGAGCGCCAUCAGCUCGUUGAAAUGAGGACUACAGCUGACUUUCUAAUGUUGCCAACUAAUUUAUAUUAAAAGUAGAACCCAGUCAAAAGGGAUUCUGUUAAUAUGCAGUUUAAGGUUGCAUACAUGAUGUGAUGCUAACGGGCUGUUCCAACAAACAGUCAGCAUUGUAGGCGUGAAUUUGGGUAAUCUGGGAACUUGGGUAAUGUGGGACACCUAAGCUUCAGUCUGUUUAUUUCAUGUUCGAAAACAAUUUUUGGUCAACAGGACUUUUACUAUAUACUAGCAUGGACAUGUGACCGAAAUCACAUGACUUCAUGGGGAUGAUGUCACAGAAAGGGGCGGGGCAAAUGUAAAUUUGAAGCUCCCCCUUGGAAUUGCAUGACAUGGUCAAUUACAUAAGAUUCUGACAAGAUUAAUGCUAAGGAUAUAAAUGUAUCAUCAAUAAGACAAUGUUCCCUGAGUAGCCCCACCAGAAUUCGCCCUAACCAGUGGAUUGAUUGAGGAUUUAUAAGACACCGACAUAAUGACAACUUUAGACCUCGGAACUAAAGCAAAGUUGCUACUGUGCUUUGUAAACUAGUUAGUUUAGCCAGUUAACCAUUGCAGUUUACGUUACUGCAGAUAAACACAGUUUGAUCAGUUUCAAACCCUUUCUGCUUUUGGGCUUUGAGUCUUUUAAAGGUGAUUUGAAUCCUUUUGACUCCUUUCACUACAGAUUACCACUCUUUCUACAUCCCCAUCAACACCACCUUUUGGAGGGGUUGAAAAAAUGCAAAAAAAACUGUUUAAAUCUAGAUAAUCUUUUUUAGGGAACCAAGUUGUUGUCAGUGAUAAUUUUAUAAUACCAGUAUUUAAAAUGAUUAAAAUGUUGAUGGUGCUAAAUGGAGGAGCAAAUAUAUGCGUCACCCUGAAGAUAAUGUUCUGUGAUUCUGAACAGGCUGAAAAAUACUGGCCCAAAUCAGAUCUGUCACUGAAGACAAAUCACAGGGAAGAUGAAUGUACUGUGUGACUGUCGGCACCAACAUCGUUUCCAUUUGUUUUUAUAUGUUUUUGUAAAAUUUCUCUUCAGCACUGACUACUUAUUGAAUUGACUUUGGACCACAUUUUUGCUGUUGAUGUAUAAACAACUUUGUGUGUCAGACUGAACCUGUAGUGGAGACGAUGUUUGUGCAAUUGUUUGUUUAAUGUUUUGCAUCAGGAUUUUUAUUGAAAAAAAAAAAAACAUGGAGUUGAUGUGACGUUGAAGCAGCAUUUUGUACUUUUGUUUGAGAACCAAACUAUAGACAUGUAACAUCAGCUCCAUUUAGCCAUUUUUAAGGAUAAUUAUAGAAAGCAUUGCAUGUGUGUCAUGUAAGAAUCUUUACAGGACACGUACAGUAGAGAUUUGACUUUGAGCCUUCGGCAACAUGACUCACCGUCCAGUAGGAGGAAGAGGUCAUAGGAUGUGAGAUGAAGAAAGCUAUAAUAUGUGUAAGUCAUAGUCUGUAGGAGUCAAUUAUUCUCUGUGGACACUUGAAACCUUUUUCAUAGACAUCUUGAGAUGGUCAGGACCAAAAAACACGCUGUUUACUUCGUCCAAUUUGUCCAACUGUUGACAAAAUGUUCAUGUUUGAUUGUCAGUUUUGUGUUGUGGCACAGAAUGCAAGUUAGUGACCAAAUGAAAAAGAACCACGCUACACACUGUCAACAUCAGACUCAUUUCAUUUCAUAGCUCAAGGUUUAGUAAGAAGUUAGAACCACAUUUGUUAUGUUUCGCAACUGAUCCAGGGAAAUUGGUUUCUGUUUUUUUCCAGAGUGAGAAAAUAUUUCUUUCAUACAAAGCUAAGAAGCUUUUAUCCUGAAUUCACUUUAACCUACUACAAACAGAUGUUAUGUUCUUAAUCACUCCGAUCUGCUGAUUUCCUCAAAAGUUGGUCUUGUUAACCCGCAAAGUGACGUCUCAUUUUAGUACUUCUUGGAUUGAUUUAGAUUUAUGACGACUUGAAGGGCCAAUGCUUUUGCACUGAUUUUAAUAGUUUGUGCAAUUAGGAUAUUGUCAUUAGAUAAUAAAGCACUAUGGGUUAUUGUGUAAGAACUCACUGGCAUUAUGAAGACUUUUUUUCUGUACAUUUAAAGUGCACUGUGAUCUAGGAUGAUUAUUCUUAUUAAUACAACUGUAUAAAAGAAAAUAAGUGUGUUUCGAACCCAAUAAAAUGUCUAAUAUCUAAACAA